UGGUCCGUGUCGAUUGAUGCGGACGUGCGUUGUCAACAGAAAAUGCGCGCAUGUGAAUAAUCAUCUGUUUCUCAAACAAAAUAACCCAGCUCAAUCCAGACGUAUCGCGUUUAAAGCUCAACCCGGAUACGACUGCAUUGGAGAUGAACUGGUGAGGAAAUAUGCAAUAUCUUGCGAGAAAUGUCAACAUUUGUGUAGCGAAGUCCCCGGAUGUCUUGCCGCUGUAUGGACGGCGGUGAAUGUUGGGAAAUGUUAUGCCAAGAGCGCAUGUAUAAAUCGUAUGAAACGUCCUCACAGGCUCAGAAAGCGACUGUUUGUGUUGAAGAGAAGAGAUGUCCAGUGUAAUCAAUUUCGAGUUCAGGAAAGAAAUAUCCAUAAAUCAUUUCGUCAUGCGAGACUUACUCGACGUCAAUGCUUUUAUCGGUUCAACGUGAAAAUAAGACACAAUGUAAACGUGUUUGUCUGCGCAGGAACUGUGUUGGAGUGUCCUCUAAUGAAGAACGUGGUCUAUAAUAAACAUGAUAAAGAUAGUAAACGCCACCUUUGCCAUGUUUUCUAACAUUCAGCGUACAGAAAUAAUUUGGACGUAUUUUUGCGUCAACACGUUGGUGUUGCCAAGACCGUUUGUUCAGAUCAGUUAAAAGAGAUGAUGAUGGAACAAUUGUGAACUCAAAAGAACAAAUUUUGGAUGAACAGGUCAACUUUUACACUAAUCUUUAUACUAAGGGUAAUGUUAGCCAACACCUGAUUCACAAAGCCCUCUAAGAUUUCCGAUCUAAGAGUUCUCUUAGAGGACACUUACGGAAAAUGUACGCAAACACGAAGAUUUAUUCACAGAACCUUCUUAGCCUAUUCUAAGCAAUUGCGUAGGAUAAGUGAACAAGUAACGUUAAGUGAAUGCGUAACUACAGCAAUAACCAUUGUAUGUGGGUUCACGGCCAGCGCAAGACUGGCCUUAUUAUGCAAAUAGCGUUAUUACGUGAAAAGGAUCACAGUACACCUUUAUAAGUCUGUUUCUUGUAAAAUUUCGCACACACUUUGUGUCGGUGACUAGGCCAGCAGUGAUGACGGACAGACAUGACAGUGAGAAAAGGCAAAGAAAGGCAAACUUCACGCCACGAGAAAUACAAAAACUCGUCGAUCUGGUGUCCGCGAGGUGGAAACUGAUAAGCAGCAAGUUUGGGGAUAAUGUGACUCUUGAACGAAAAAACAAGGCCUGGAAAGAAAUUACUCUUAAAAUUAACAGUAUUUUGCCAUGCCUUCGAACUAAGGAAGAGUUGACGAAAAAAUGGGACGAUCUCAAACUGAAUGCGAAGAAGAAGGCAUCAAAGAAGACGCGUUCGGUGGCUGUAACAGGGAAUCUUCCCCUAGACGACCCGUCCUCGGGUGACAAUUGUGCCAGUGGUGGAGGAAUGUCAUGUAGCCCCGACGACAUGGACGAGAGGAUUGUUGGACUAAUGGCCAAUGACCUUGUCCAAGGCAUUGAUGGAGGGUUCGACUCGGCAGCCAGACAAACCACACCUAAAAGCAGGACAAAGACUGUGAAGUCGCCAACUAUGAUGUCACCAAGUCACGGCGCAUCAGGUAGUGACGCAUCAGGUAGUGAUUUUGAUGACUUUGAUAUCUCGCAAGGCAGCCCCACUUUUGGCAUCACAUCGAAGAGGUCGAAGAAUAAUCCGCAUUAUGAAGGGUCUCCAAUUAGAAGCCCAACACCACCACCGUUUGAGAGAACGCAAACGCAAGUGAAGCACCAGCCCUGCGUCAAAAGACCAAAUGCGUCUGCUGCUGUCGGGGUUGCCAUCGGGACACCGGAAGCGAAAUCGUCUAAGACCGCACCUCCCCCAACACCAAGUGCCGAACUGGUCACCAUUGAGAAACAACGCCUGGAAAUCGACAAGCAGCGGCUAAAGCUUGAAGAAAAAAGAACUAAGUUGACAGAGACGGCUGUAGAAUUGCUUCAAACCUUGGUGUCUAUUGAGAAAGAUAAAGUGAAGGGCAAUGAAAGUUAG